AAGCCUCGUGACGCACGUGAAUGACGCAGCGUAUUGUUUUCGCUUGCUCCCAGUGGUCCAACAAUGAUGACGUAAAAUUAACCUUUUGCGCGGUUGGUUUUGUUUUUCUCUGUUCUUCCAAAUGUAUUACGUAUUUUUAAAAUUAAAUUUUGGGAAAAUCGCUUAAAGUUUAGGAAACGUUGCAUUCUGCCAUUAAGCUGGGCAAUAGGGGAACAGAUCAGUUCGGCUUCAAAGAAAUUUGGACAAAUUUGCUUUAACAGAAAACUUUUUUUUUUUAAAAGUAAUUCACGUGCAUUUCCCUUUAAUUAAUAGAAUGACAUUUCAGCUGUGUGUCUAAAGGACUAUGAACACACACGCCUUGUGUGCCUCUGCUUUGCCCUGUGAUGGACUAGUGACCUGUCAGGGCUGUACCCCACCUCUAGUCCAUGGAUCUUCCCCGUGACCCUGCAUGGACAAGUGGCUGGCCAUGGUGGAGUUUGCACAUAAGCUGCUGUAAAUGCAUUGCUGUGCAUAACCGUUGAAAGGGCACAAAUACCCGGAUCUCCUUGCAGAUUGUGAAGUCAUGCCAUUUCUGGAAUUUGUAGCUGGGAGCAUUUCAGGUGCAGUGGGGAUUGCAGUGGGACAUCCGUUGGACACAGUUAAGGUGCGUCUGCAAGCCAAGUCUGUGUAUAAAGGGAUAUUUGACUGUGUCACUAAGACGUACUUGAACGAAGGAUUCCAUGGAUUCUUCAAGGGCAUGUCCUUCCCUGUUUUGACCACUGGCCUCACCAACUCCAUUGUCUUUGGCUCCUACAGUAACGCUUUAGAUUACCUCUCUCAGUCUGAUCGCCGUCUCGCCAGGCACUGCAAACAAGUGUCUUCACUGCAAGUCUUUACUGCGGGUUGCUUUUCAGGCAUCGUGCAGGUGCUGGUUUGUGCCCCGAUUGAUCUGGUGAAGGUGCGCCUGCAGGGACAAACAACGGCCGAGCGGUACCGUGGACCCGUACACUGUGUGGCAGUCAUACUCCAGCAGGAGGGGGUCCGGGGUCUCUACAGAGGAGGGGCAGCUCUGGCUCUGAGGGACGUACCGUGCUAUGGACUCUAUUUCCUGCCUUAUGAGCUCAUUCGUAAGGCUCUGACUGAGACUGGAGAAGAGCCAGGUACCUUUGCCAUACUGAUGGCGGGGGGCGUGGCAGGCGUGGUGACCUGGGCGUGUGCCACGCCCAUGGACGUUGUGAAAGCUCGGCUCCAGAUGUCCGGAGCUGGUGGUCAGCAGUACAGCGGGGUCCUGCACUGCAUAAAGGUGAGCCUGAAGGAGGAAGGAGUCAGAGUCUUCUUCAAAGGCCUCCUGCUGAACAGCGUCAGGGCGUUCCCCGUCAACGCCGUGACCUUCCUGACCUACGAGAGCCUGCUGAAGAGCUUCUGUCCACCAGGCAAAUAACAAAACUGUUUGCAGUAAAUGAACGCCAAAGGACGCGAGAAAGUUAAUGCUACAUCUGAUAUCUGUUUGCAAAUUUCUUUGCAAUUUCUUUGUACGCAGAUCAAGGCUAAAACAGCCAAAGUUUGUCUUAAUGUGAGAAAAUGUAUGCUCUGAUAAACGAUACACAAAGCUAAGCAGCUUAGCUAUCCCUAAAUACCUCAGUAACACAACAGAGAAACCAAUAUUUUUAUUGUAGAAACUUUUCCAUGUUGCAGAUGUGCAAAUACGCUUAUUUUCAACAUUAAAACCUAUUAUUACCUAACGGUUUUAUUAAUGGUUAAGUAUUAUAAAAAGUCAAACGAACCCGUCACAGCAAAAGUAGCAAACACCCUUCAUCCCAAAGUAUGUGCACUGUACAAAUCAGGGGCAUAAUCAUCACAGAUACUUUACAGACAUGACUGGACUCGGUGUUUCAUUUAUUGUCCUUAAUUUCUUCAUGUGUAGAACCAUAUAAAACGUCUUUUAGAUUCACAUACAUGAAUUAUUUGGCUUUUCCAAGUCCUUUGGUAGCUACAAAUGUGAACCUUUAAAAAUUUAUGUUGUAUCCACACAUCUACCUCUAAGAUGCUACAGGUCUCCACUCUUCUUGCAGAUUUGGGUGAUCUGUUAGGCCAGUCCUAAUCCCAGAACAUUUGAAAUGUUUUGAAUUAUUCUGCUGGUUUGCUUAUAGUAAGUGCAGUGAGUGUUGUUAUCUGACCCUGAAGGUUUUAUUACAAGCUGUCAAGAUCCAAAUUUAUGUGUUUAACUAGUUUUAGGCUUUCAAAGCCGACGAGAUUUGCCUUGAAGCAGGUCAUCAAUGUGAAACGUGUUUUUUCUCCACACAACUUUCAAAUACACUUUAUGCUGUAUGUACUGUAAUUCUCUAAAAUAAUGAAGAACUGUAUUAAAAGGGUCACUUUUAUUAGUGUUUUUUUUUCCUUGAAAAUAUCAGAGAAUUCUUUUGGUGUGUUGUGCAUAUAUGUGUUCAGAUUAUAUGUCAGGCAGCAUUUUUACUUAUUAAAGUCUGUGUUGGCUUGUUUGCAAACUCUUACCAUAGUUCUAUAGAUUUUAAAUAAAGAUUAAGUUACUCAGGUCAUAUAAUCAACCAUAGAGCACAAAAUAUGAUUCUGUGCUCCCAUUUGCGUUUUAUUUAAUGGAAUAAUUGCAUUUAAUUCCCAUGACAGAAUGACAAAAUUCUUUUUUUUAUUAUGCUCGAAACUUUGUGCAACUAUCAACAUCCCACAUAAGAAAAUGUAGUCAUUAUCCUUUUGAAAAGGUUUGCCUUUCUUUGUGUCAAAACCUAAAAUAGGAGUAGAGUUGUUGCUCUUUAAAAAUAACAGAUUUUCUGUAGUAGAUAUUUGUCAAAGAAGGUCUUUUUUUUCCCAAAAGGUCAGGUAAUAUUUGUGGCUCUAGACCUGUUUUAUUUACCUCGACUGAGGGCAGAAAAUGGCUCCUUGGAUUGUAAAGGUUGAAGACGGUCAGGACUUGCAGACCAAAUGAAUGACUUAGACAACCUGCUGCAGGGAGGAAAACGUUUAUUUUUCUGUAGUGAACAGCAUAUCGAUAAACUCUCACAGAUAGAUUUGCAUCCUUAGUUUGGAAAACCUCAGACAUACAGCUUAUGGUUGGUUGUUUUCACCUUCUUUAUUUAAAACAGAUUUAAGUUAGAAGAUAACAAAAACAUCCACGUCUGUUUAUGUGCACAAACUUGAAAACGGUCAAACCGCAAACAAAAAGCAACAACGCAAAGCGCAGGCUGAACGUUGAGAAAAUGUUUAUGUUCGAUUCGUUCAGCUCUUGCUGUAAAUCUGAUCACAAAGGAAAAGAUAAAGCUGCACCUUUUGGCACAAAACUUCAUGAAAGAGUAGAAGAAGAAUAGAGAUGAUGACUGAUAACCGGUGUGUCAUAAGACCCUCUGCUGUGUACACAAACUCCAGCCAACAUGACUGUGGUCACAAAGUCCUUUUUUUUUAUGCAGAAA